AAUAAAGUUUUGCGAGAUUCUAAAAAAAAUCCAUGGCGCUGGCAGCGCCUGCACGCCGUCCACGCCACCGAUCGUCGCCGUGUCAAGCAUCCACUGCCUCCUCGCGACGGAUAAGUACCCCCACAACACCCAGGACGAACCCUAGAGACCCCCCCAAUUCUGCCAUCUCCCUCGCCCGCUCUCUCCUCCGCACGAGUCCGAAGCACUGGCGCCAUGGUCUCCGUCGAUCCCGCGGCCACCGAGUCCUCCUCGCCUCGCUGAUAUGUCUAGGGGAUCCGUCAUCGUCUGCUCCGUCUUCCUCGCCCACGAGCUCAAGCCCGGAGCCUCCACAUCGACUCGAUCGACGCCAUCAUCUUCCUCGGCCGUCGCCGUUGUUCUUCACCGAUCCGUCACCUCUGCAGCUCCUAAGCCACCAACGGGCCUCUGUGUGCCUUCAUGACAUCGAGACCGACGCCGCUGCUACCCAGUACGACUACGGUGUUGACGACCCCUCUCUCUUGCCAGAGCAACCAGACGUUGGAAUCCGGGAGCCAAACGCCACUGCCAAUGACGACUACUACUAUUCGGGAGGUGCCUACUACUACGUGCAGGCCGUUGACGACGACCAGGAGUAGUUUAGGAGGAUCCCAGGCAGGAGGCCUGGGCCUCUUUCAAUCUGUAUCCCAGUUUGUGCUAGCCUUCUUAAGGCAAACUUGUUUAACUUAUGUCUGUAC